GGUGUGUGUUAUUCACCAGUAACUAAAAACAUGAGGAAUAUGGCUUCCUUAAGCUCCUCAUUAGUGCUGCUCCUUGCAGCUCUAAUUCUAUCCCCUCAAGUUCUUGCUGACUAUGAGAAGCCCCCAAUUUACAAGCCACCUGUUUACACACCGCCAGUUUAUAAGCCCCCAAUUGAAAAACCACCAGUGUACAAACCUCCAGUUUACAAGCCUCCAGUUGAAAAACCACCUGUUUAUAAGCCUCCAGUUUAUAAGCCACCCAUUUACAAGCCUCCAGUGUAUAAACCUCCAGUUGAAAAACCACCGGUUUACAAGCCUCCAGUUUAUAAACCACCUGUUUACAAGCCUCCAGUGUAUAAACCCCCAAUUGAAAAACCACCCGUUUAUAAGCCACCAGUUUACAAGCCACCAGUGUACAAGCCUCCAGUGUAUAAGCCACCAGUUUACAAGCCACCAGUGUACAAGCCACCAGUUGAGAAGCCACCAGUAUACAAACCACCCGUUUAUAAGCCACCAGUUUACAAGCCACCAGUGUACAAGCCACCAGUUGAGAAGCCACCAGUGUACAAGCCUCCAGUGUACAAGCCACCAGUAUACAAACCACCAGUUUAUAAGCCUCCAGUUGAGAAACCUCCUAUUUACAAGCCACCAGUUUACAAGCCUCCUAUAGAGAAGCCACCAGUGUACAAGCCACCAGUGUACAAACCACCAGUGUACAAACCACCGGUGUACAAGCCCCCUGUUAAGAAACCUCCUAUUUACAAACCACCUUACCCAAAGUACCCUCCAGGCUCCAACUGAAGACACCCACCUGAUUUUGAAUUAAGUUAAGGGAUGUAUUAAGUAUAUGCUAAAUAAGAGGUGUAUCUACAACCAUUGACUUUGUCAUGCUCAAAAAUUUAGUUUAAUUUACAAAUUAUGGCAAGGGUUACACCUGGCUAGCUUCCGCGUUUAGAUCAUUUGUUUAUAGUGCUAUGGCCACGACAAGAGUGUUAUGGGUGCAUGAAUGUAAAACGAAAAAAAAAAAAAUUGUGUUUAUUUUGUACUUCAAGUUAUGAAUAAAAGAAUUUCACUGUUUGUUUGUA